AUGAACUCAACAACAGGGAAUGGAUCGAUCGAGUCUCUAAGCUGCUUUAGUGCAAAAGCCUACAAGAUUGGAAUGACCACUGCUUUGAGUCUGAUCCUUGCUGUUUCGCUGAUGGCAAAUUGUUUCAUUGUAAUGAUCGUUUAUAAAACGCCGGUCUUAAGAAAACCGAUAAAUUAUUUCAUCGCAUGCAUGGCCAUAUCCGAUCUGCUGUAUUCAAUAUUCUGGAUCCCCUUAUACCUGUCAUCAUUGCUCAAUUCGUGGCGUAUCGAUGGUCAGUUUGGCCAGGCCUUGUGCAAGCUUGUCCCUUUCUUUGGUGACGUUUCCUUUGUCGUUUCGAUUCAGAAUCUGGUUCUGAUAGCCGUGGAUCGAUUCGGAGCCGUAGUGUUUCCACUCCGUUCCCCACUCAUCAGAUCCAAGCUGUGUCCCUUCUUCAUUUCCGCGAUGUGGAUAGUCGCAGGGGCUGUCUCUUCACCACAUUUGUUCACCUUCCAACUCGUUGAACACUCAGGGGAAAUUCGGUGCCAGAGGAGAUGGAAGAAAGCAUUUGGAGAGUCCUCAUCCCUUACCGACUUCCUAUUACCAUACUGUGUUCUGCUUAUAUUCAUCCCUGUGAUGUUAUUAGUCAUUCUUUACUCCAUCAUCCUUGUCAAGCUCAAGACACGGGCACACCCAUGUCAGUCUGUGAACACUCAGCAACACAGGAAAAGACAAAACAGAAACGUGCUUCAAAUGUCCAUUGCUAUCGUAUUAGUGUUUGUUUCUUGUUGGUUACCCUUUUAUACCAACCUUUUUGUGAUAGAGUAUAGUUCAGUGCAGUCUUGUGCCUUUUUGCUAUACUUUGAUGUCGCCGUUGUUAUGACUGUCGCGUACUGUGCUAUCAACCCGAUUACCUGUUUUAUAUUCAGUACUAAUUACCGACAAGGUCUUAAAAGACUCAUGAAUUGUUCUUAA